CGGGCCGGCACCUGCCUCCCGCGCGUGCGCACCGGGCGGUGACGCAGGACCUGGACUUGCGCGUUCAGCAGAGAGCAGAAGAAGCCGGCGACCUUGCACUCUCUGCCGGGUUCCAGCCUAGCGGACCGAGCAUUCGCAGCUGGAGAGAUGGCAUUUGUGAAGAGUGGAUGGCUGCUCCGACAGAGUACCAUUUUGAAGCGCUGGAAGAAGAAUUGGUUUGACCUGUGGUCCGAUGGUCACCUGCUCUACUAUGAUGAUCAGACUCGGCAGAGCAUAGAGGACAAGGUCCACAUGCCAGUGGACUGCAUCAAUAUCCGCAUGGGCCAUGAGUGCCGGGAUAUCCAGCCUCCAGAUGGGAAGCCCAGAGACUGUCUGCUGCAGAUCGUCUGCCGAGACGGGAAAACCAUCAGUCUCUGUGCAGAGAGCACAGACGAUUGCCUGGCAUGGAAGUUUACACUGCAGGAUUCCAGAACAAACACAGCUUAUGUUGGCUCAGCAAUCCUGUCUGAAGAGACUGCCGUGGCCGCCUCUCCACCCACCUAUGCUGCCUAUGCUGCACCGACCCCUGAGGUCUAUGGCUAUGGUCCAUACAGUGGCGCAUACCCAGCAGGAACUCAAGUUGUCUAUGCUCCCAACGGGCAGGCGUAUGCUGUGCGAUACCAGUACCCAUAUGCAGGAGUCUAUGGACAACAGCCUGCCAAUCAGGUCAUCAUCCGUGAGCGGUACCGAGACAAUGACAGUGACCUGGCCCUGGGCAUGCUUGCUGGGGCAGCCACAGGCAUGGCCCUGGGCUCUCUGUUCUGGGUCUUUUAGAGCCUCCAAAGUGUCCUGUGCAUCGCUUCUGUUAGUCCUGUGUGCAAUAAUUGAUUUGCAGGGCAUUUCUGUUUGUGACAAGUGUCUUUCAUAGUAAUUUAAAUAGUUCUUUUGAAGAUGGUAAUCUGACGGUUGUGACUGACGGCGUGGUACCACAGAGAGGGCCUGGAAGUAUGCUGUGAGUGAGAUCCGGAUUUCCUCAGGGUACUUGCACCGAGUCUUUCUUUGGGAGCUCAUGGACGACCUUGUGUAAACACACCCAUUUAAAGGAGCAUUUCCUGUUUAGUUAGGUAUGGUACUUAACUAAAGGAUGACUUUCCCUGCUAUGCCAAUAAUAAUGCCGGUGGAUGAGGAUAUGAGUGAGUGUGGCGAGAAUUCAACUUCUUGUACAUUAACUGUGAAAUCCCCCCCCUUGACCUGACUGCAUAUUACGCUAGAGCUGUGGCCUAGUGGCUCCUGCAGGGCAGUGGUGUGAGAGCCCUAUCAUCCGCCCCUGCGUAGCUCCCUGGUACCUACCUAUAAGAUUGACUGCUCGGGACGAAAAUAGAGACUCCUUCCCUUUAAAAAUUAUGUUUCAGGGAUCUGCCCAGUUGUACCCUCUUGUUAUUCUUCUGUUUGCUUUUCCCUUGAAUAAUUGGAAAGAGCCUCAAGGUGGGAGUUGAUUUGAGCCUGAGCGUUUGAAGCUUUACCUUUAAACCCUGCUGAACGAAGAGUAGCGAGUGUCAAGUGGGUGGAGCUAGACUGUGAUGUGUUUUCAGCCUUUGCUUCGGUGUAUCGAUUGCCGGCUCAGUCUGUCUAUAGCCUAUUUUUCUACUUGUAAAGGAAGUAUGGUGAGGGGCUGGGGGGAAAGCCUUAGUAUAAUGUCCCUGUCUCAGGCCUUCUGGGUCCCAAGCUGUACGAGGACACUGUCUAACUCCUGGAGGGGCUUGUCCUUAGCCAUGGUGGGGCCCUGUGGCUGUCCAGAGUGUGGGGAUGAACCAGACCUGGGCGGAGACGUCUCAGGUUCUGAGUGAGAAAUGAGAUUGGGUAGAGUCUCAGGGGUUUGUUCUAAUCCCUCGUGUUAGUGGGGACCCAGCCUCGUUUUCAUUCCCGACUCGAUCAUGAUAGGAAAGCUUAAAACAUUUCUAGUCCCUGAAUGUGAGAUGCUCUAGGAAGCCCACAGUCCUGUUUUCUGAGGGGGGAGGGUAGGGGAAGGAUGUUCCAGAUAUUUAAACCUUCUCUGUUCAUGCAUUGUAAAGCUCCCAUUUCCAGCUUUGUGUCGGGCAUGCUUUAAACAGUGCCUUUCACAAAGGUCUCUUAGUUCCGUUUCUCCAGCAUGCUCCCGCUAGGCACACUGAAUGUGCCCAGCCCAGCGCAUGCGUGCUGGCAGCUUCCUCUUGGUCAGUUCAAGUCUUGAACCUAUCUCCAUGUGAGACAGUUGCCAAGGAGAUGUGAUGUUGCCCACCGUGUUUUUCUAGCCACUCCCGGAGGACUUGCUGACACAGUACUGCCCACUUCUGGCUGAAAUUUGCUUUGUCAUCCCUGGUAGGUGGCUGUGUACCACAACACGGUUCUGAUGGUUUGUAGUGUGACCUUAGUGAAUAUGUUGAGUUUUACAUCCUGUGUUGUAACAGUGGCCUCACAGCGCUAUCAUCCUUAAAGCUCCAUGCUUUACUUACAAACCAUUAAAUUCGGUUUUUAGUGAUGCAUAGGGAUGCUGAUUUCGAAUGUAGUUUCUGCGGUUCCUGGAACCAGAGAGUGUUGAGUCAUGCCCCUGAAACAGAGCUAUCUCCUACUGUCCCGUGCGUGUGCCCUGACGAGACCUUAGCCCCAGUGGGACUAGCUUUAACAGGCAGCCAGCGUUGAGCCUGCUCAUUUCUUGCCACCAGUUGCUUGAUUCUGGAAUGAAAUGCAUUCUGGGUAUGAACAUGGACUCAGGCAUUUCAUUCCUUGGCCCCUGUCCUUUAGAUGCUUUGCUUCAGCCAUGUCAUUUUGCACCUCUUGUCAGUCAUGUGUGUCGUGAGUUUCUGGGGACUGCUUAUCCAGGGUUGAGGGGCAUUUCUCCACCAUGGAUAAUUUUAAAUAAUGACCCCAAGGCUGGAAGAGGAUGGCUGCUGACACUGUGCAUGGCUGAUUUCCAUUGCUCUUUUUUGUUUUUGGUUUUUUUUUUUUUUUUUUUUUUUGUAUUGUUUUGAUUUUUUGAGACAGGUUUCUCUGUGGCUUUGGAACCUGUCUUGGAACUAGCUCUUGUAGACCAGGCUGGCCUCGAACUCACAGAGAUCCGCCUGCCUCUGCCUCCCGAGUGCUGGGGUUAAAGGGGGUGCGCCACCAAUGCCCGGCUCCAUUGCUCUUUUCCUUGAUAACAACUUUCCGCAUGAAAGAGGGAAGCCAGAGGUUCAGAUCUCAGAUCAUCACUUGUCAAGAAGGCCCAACUUUGCAUAUUUUAUGGAUCAUCGGGUCCCACAGUAGCCUUUUGGAGUGUAGAAAGUUCCUGUGGUUGAGACAUGAUGAUCCAGACUUAUUUCCUACAUGUGUUGUUGCUCCUAUGUAACCUUUCAUUUAGCCUUCUAGUUUAUGUGGAUGAAAGCAGAGGACACAGGCAAUCUUCUUUGUGAUUGCUUUUGUGUUUCUGUUAUUCUGUGGUGUCUACAGAGCCUAUUUUCUCCCCGUGUGUGCACAUGGUAUGUUUAUAAAUGAACUUGGUAAAAUAUUAAAUGAUCAUUAACCUGAAA